AUGCCGCGGCGGCCAAGCAGUGGGAAUGCUGAGGAUGGUGUACGACAGGAGCCGGCCUCCCACACUCUCCACGCCCGACAAGAAACCACCAGGAGCAGCAGCAGCAAAAAUGAGGGUGGUACCGCGGGGGAGUCCUCUGCGUGGCUGCCGCACGUCUCGCACAUCUCUGAGCUCCUCGACAAGCACCCGUUCACGGAGGAAGAGAUGCUGCGCGAGCUGGAGGCGCUGCGCCGCCGUUCACAGCGCACGUCUGCCCCCUUCAACCGCCACAUCCUCCCCAUUCUUGCGCAGUAUGUUCUGCGCGACAAGUGGGGCCCCGCGGCGGAGCCGUACGCCGCCUGUCUUGCAACCCCCGACGGCACGCCGGUUGCGUCCUUCGUGCCGGCGAUCGAGCGGCUGCGGGAGGAGCGGCGGGCGCAGCGGGCGCAGCAGCGUGACCGGCCAGCGCACCACUACGCCAUCACACCCGCCACACCGCCGCAGCAGCGUCCGGUCACACCGCCCGCGGGCAGUGGCUCACGCAGACGGGCAGUGUCGGUGGGGACGCUGGACGGUCCGACGAUUCAGUCAGCAACACCGACACCACAUCACAUACAGCGCCGCGAAGGCAUCCUCCCGCACGACUCGCUAGAUGCCUCUCAUACAACAACGCUGGGCAGCACAGUCAACCUCGGCGACAGCCAUGACCAUUCGGGACGGCAACAGCAGUGCACUAUGAAAGCGACUGCGAGCAGAGACGCCCGCACACCGCAGUCACAGACGUCACCAGCACAUCAGCUGAACCGAGUGAUGCAGCCGUCACAACAGGUCAGG